AUGGCAGCCACAUCCACAGCCAAACCGGGAGCCGCGCUCUUCGAGACCUUGGUCUCGCAUGUGCACAUAAGCAUAACACCAGGCACCAAAAACCUACACGAGAGCCGACAAAUCCUAGCAGCAUUGCAGAAAUUCGGCGAAGUGACAGCCUUCAAAAACGGCAAAUACAACAUCCAAAAUCAAAACCCGCACAAAGACAAAACCAUCCUCGCCAUCUUCGACACCAACGAGUCGGCUCACCGCGCCAUCGCCGCCUCUCCAAUCAACAUCACGCUCUCACCGGACUCUCCCAUCCCAACCCCGAACUCGAAAUCGGCCCCCAACUCCUCACCGAGGACGAUAACAUGCACGAUUCAAGAAUCUCGACAUAAUCACUGGGCGUCUCAGAACCGCAACCCAUUCCGCGGGGCAUGGGGAAUCGGAACGGAUGUCCGGAAAGGAGCGAUAUUCCAGGAUAUGUACCGGAGCGUGCCGCUCAUGGGACUAGCAGAUGUCCUGCAAAGCAGUCGGAAACAUUGGAUUCGAAAUAAUUUCCGAUCUGAGGAGGAGCAGAUUAUGCUGGAUGAUGGGCGCAGCUUAAGGAGGCUUUGGAGGGAGGGGUUGGAGCGGGAGGGUGGGUUAGAGGAGGGAUUGGAACAUGCGCGAGAGGGUGAGGAAAGGAAGCCAAGGACCGGGCUGAGUAGGGUCUCGAGACAGAUGCAGAAGUGGGCGAAGGAGAGAGAAGAGGAGGAAAGGAUGAAGGAGGGAGUUGAGAGGAUGGGGGAGGACUGGAUUGGACAUCUGGAGGAGACGAAGAAGACGGACAGAGGAUGA